GCGCUCACACAGCGGCGGGGGCAGGACCCCUGUGCAUUUGCCAGUGGGGGGGGGCACACCCGGUGAUGCUCAGGGCUUACUCCUGGCUCUGCACUCAAGAAUCACUCCUGGUGGUGCUCAGGGAACCCUAUGGGAUCCAAGGGAUUGAACCCGGGUUGGCUGCAUGCAAGGCAAGUGUAGCCGCCGCAGCGGGACCAGCACCGUGACCCCUGCCAUGGAUGGGGACAAGGGGCCCAGACUCAGGGACUUCCUGAAAGGGAGCCUGGCCAGCUGGGCCUUGGGACUGGCCUGCCUUGUGGGCGAGGCGGAGGACCCGGAGGAGCCAGAGGGGGCAGAGGAAGGAGAGUGGCCCCUCGGUUGGGAGAAGAGUUUCUUGCGUCUCAGCGAUGGCGCGCUGCUCCUCCGGGUGCUGGGCAUCAUCGCCCCCAGUUCCCGAGGGGGGCCUCGGAUGAUCAGGACCCGUGAAGACCCCGUAGCCCGGCGGGUGCGGAACCUCAGUCACCUGUGGGGCCGGCUGAGGGACUUUUACCAGGAGGAGCUGCAGCUGCUGGUCCUGCGGCCUCCCCCGGACCUCCAGAACUUGGGGCUUGACCCCUUCUCAGAAGAGGCGGUGGAGGCGCUGGAGGGCGUUCUGCGGCUGCUCCUGGGGGCUGCAGUGCAGUGCGAGCACCGGGAACUCUUCAUCCGGAACAUCCAGGGCCUCAGCCUGGAGGUGCAGAGCGAGCUGGCCGCGGCCAUCCAGGAGGUGACCCAGCCUGGGACGGGGGAGGUGCUGACGCUGGCUGGGCCGGAACCCGGGGAGCUGGCGGCCCCGGAACUGGAGCUGCUCUCCCGGAGCCUGAUGGGGGCGCUGCUGAGGCUGGCACGGGAGCGUGACCUGGGGGCGCAGAAGCUGGCUGAAGUGCUGCUGGAGCGAGAGCCAGCCCCCUUAUUGCCCGAGGCUCCCACUAGGGCUCCCCCAGAAGGCCCCUCACACCAUCUGGCCCUGCAGCUGGCCAACGCCAAGGCCCAACUUCGACGCCUGCGGCAGGAGCUGGAGGAAAAGGCCGAGGUGCUGUUAGAUUCCCAGGCAGAGGUGCAGGGCCUGGAGGCCGAAAUCCGGAAGCUCCGCCAAGAGGCGCAGACGCUGUCGGGGCAGGCUAAGCGGGCCGAGCUGUACCGAGAGGAGGCCGAGGCGCUGCGGGAGCGGGCCGGCCGCCUGCCCCGCGUGCAGGAAGAGCUGCGUCGCUGCCGCGAGCGGCUGCAAGCAGCCGAGGCCUACAAGGGCCGGCUGCAGGAGGAGCAGCUGCUGUCGGAGGCGCUGGAGGCCUCCAAGGCCCUGCUGGAGGAGCAGCUGGAGGCCACGCGCGAGCGCGCCGCGCGGCUGCACGAGGCCCAGCGCGAGAACCUGCUGCUGCGCACGCGGCUGGGGGAGGCCCAGGCGGAGCUGGACUCUCUGCGGCAGCAGGUGGACCAGUUGACCGAGGAGAACGUGGAGCUGGAGCUGGAGCUUCAGCGGAGCCUCGAGCCUCCCCCUGGAUCUCCCCGGGAGGCACCCCCCCUGGCGGCGGCCCCCUCCCUGCACGAUGAAGUGAGGGAGGCUGAGGGCAGCCGCCUGCGGUCCCUGGAGCGGGAGAACCAGGAGCUUCGCGGCCUGUUGCAGGCGCUGCAGGGCCAGUCCGGAUCCUCGCACCCCCUGCUGGACGACUUGGAGGUGCCCAGGGCGGAAGCUGCUCCCCGGACCCGCCCCAGCCCAGACCACAGCACCCAGAACUCAGGGACCCCGACCAGGGAAGGAGGCUCUCAGGCCUUGGACGUGGCCGCCCCAGCAUCGAACUUGGCCCUUGAGGGGCUCGCCAAGUGCCUCCCGUCACCCCACUUACACCUGCGGGAGCUGGAGCAGCGGCCCCUCUCGGGGGCCGCCCUGGCACCCCAGAUCUCAGUUUCGCCAGCACCUCAGGAGCCUGCUGGAGAAACACAGGAGUCCCGAGAGGAGGCCGGCCCUGGGGAGCCCCUGCGUACCCCUGCUUCUAGGGCGCCCCUUCAGGGUCCGGAGAUCAAAGUUCAGGUCCCGCUAUCUCAGGGAGGAGAGACGGAGGCGUUGGGACCCAGGGACCCAGGGCAGGAUCCACCCAAGGCCCCCUCAGAGGCUAGAGCUCAGGAGCCUGGGCUGGAGGGGGACCCCAACCUGCCAACACCCCAGCACAAGUCGGAAGGGGAGCCCCAGGCGCAGGCCUGGGAGGGUCCAGGCCAGGGGGAGAUCCCUGCUGGUGGAGACGCAGAACAGGAGGCCCUCAGGGAGGAGGUGGCCCAGCUAAGGAGCGAGGCUGAAGCGCUGCGAGCUGCCCUAGAGACCCAAGCCCGGAGGCUGGAGGCCCGGGGUGUGGAGGCCGCCCGGCUGUCUGAGGAGCUGGCUGAGGCCCGGAGGGUGGAGGCUGAGGCCCACCGAGAGGCGGAGGCCCAGGCCCGGGAACUGGCCCGGCUGCGGGAGGCAGUGGAGGCUGCUGGCCGUGAACUGGAGGCCGCCUCUCGGGAGCGGGAGGCCUUGGCGGAGGCGCUGGCUGCGGCGGGCCGGGAGCGGAGGCACUGGGAGCGCGAGGGGCCCCGGCUGCAGGCCCGGGCCCAGGAGGCCGAGGAGAGGCUGCAGGCGCAGGAGAGGGAGGCCCGCCAGCACCUGGAGGAGGCUGCGAAGGAGCGGCGUGAGAGGCAGGCCAUCAGCGAGGAGCUGGAGAAGGCCACGCUCCGGGGCCAGGAGCUGGGGGCGCGGCUGGAGCGGCUGCAGGGUGAACUGAAACAAGCGGCUCUGGAGCGCCAGGAAUUUCUGCAACAACAAGAGUGCCAACACCAGAGGUACCAGGGCCUAGAACAGCGGUUGGAAGCGGAACUGCAGGCAGCAGCGACCAGCAAGGAGGAGGCGCUCCGGGAACUGAAAAGCAGGGCGCUGCAGCUGGAGGAGGAGCUGUUCCAGCUGCGCCAGGGCUCGAAGGGGCUGCAGCCCGAGGACAGCGCUGAGAGGCUGAUCUCGGAGGGCCACAGUGGGCGGCUCAUCGAGGUGGAGCGCAGUAAUGCCACGCUGGUGGCCGAGAAGGCGGCACUGCAGGGCCAGCUGCAGCGUCUGGAGGGACAGCUGGGGACCUUGCAGGGCCGGGCCCAGGACUUGCUGCUGCAGAGCCAGCGGGCACAGGAGCACAGCAGCCGCCUGCAGGCUGAGAAGUAUGCCCUGGAGCAGCAGGGCCAGGAGCUGCACCGGAAACUGGGGGUGCUGGAGGAGGAGGUGCGGGCUGCCCGGCUGUCCCAGGAGGAGACCCGGGGGCAGCAGCAGGCUCUGCUGCAGGACCACGAGGCGCUGGCCCAGCUGCAGCGGCGACAGGAGGCCGAGCUCGAGGGGCUCCUGGUCCGCCACCGGGACCUCAAGGCCAACAUGCGGGCUCUGGAGCUGGCGCACCGGGAGCUGCAGGGCCGCCAUGAGCAGCUGCAGGCCCAGAAGGUCAGUGUGGAGUCGCAAGAGGUGGCCCUACUGGCAGAGCGAGAGCGCCUGGUGCAGGACGGACAUCGGCAGCGGGGCCUGGAGGAGGAGCUGAGGAGACUGCAGGCGGAGCACGACAGAGCCCAGAUGCUGCUGGCCGAGGUGUCCCGGGAGCGCGGGGAGCUGCAGGGCGAGCGCGGGGAGCUGCGGGGCCGCCUGGCGCGGCUGGAGCUGGAGCGGGCCCAGCUGGAGGCGCAGAGCCAGCGGCUGCGGGAGUCCAACCAGCAGCUGGACCUGAGCGCCUGCCGGCUGACCACGCAGUGCGAGCUGCUGACGGAGCUGCGCAGCGCCCAGGAGGAGGAGAACCGGCAGCUGCUGGCCGAAGUGCAGGCCCUGAGCCGCGAGAACCGCGCGCUGCUGGAGCGCAGCCUAGAGAGCCGCGACCACCUGCACCGCGAGCAGCGCGAGUACCUGGACCAGCUCAACGCCCUGCGCCGGGAGAAGCAGAAGCUGGUGGAGAAGAUCAUGGACCAGUACCGCGUGCUGGAGCCUGGGCCCCUGCCCCGGACCAAGAAGGGCAGCUGGCUGGCAGACAAGGUGAAGAGGCUGAUGCGGCCCAGGCGGGAGGGGGGCCCCCAUGGGGGGCCGCGCCUGGGGGCCGAUGGGGCUGGAAGCACCGAGAGCCUGGGGGCCCUCCCAGAGGCGGAGCUGCCCGAGGGCAGGGAGGCAGAUGGGACAGGGUCCCCCUCCCCGGCACCCAUGCGCCGGGCCCAGAGCUCUCUCUGCCUCCGGGACGAGACUCUGGCAGGGGGGCAGCGACGGAAGCUCAGCUCCCGGCUCCCGGUGGGCCGAAGCUCUGAGUCUUUCAGCCCAGGGGACACCCCCCGCCAGAGAUUCCGACAGCGAAGACCGGGGCCCCUGGGCGCACCCGGCUCCCAGGGCAAAGGAGCUGGCGCGGGAUGGGGGGACUCCGUGGAAACGCUGUCGGAACACGAGGCAGAUGCCGACGGAGAGGCCCUCCCGCAGGACCCGGAGAAGCGUCCUCUCGCCCCGUCCCUCAGCCAGUGACACCUCGUGGUCUGCGACCGUGACACUGCCAUCCACUCGCCGCUGCAGCUUCCUGGGGGCACCCCGGCAGCCCAGGAACUGGGGGUCCGAGGGCCCCCGGAGCGAGUCUCUGGACGGGGAGCCCUGUCCGAGGCCCCCACGCAGGAGCUGGGCCCACUUGGUGGACAGCGGGGGGGAGGGUGGCCCCCUGCGAGCAGCGCCUUCUUGGGGCGCGGGCAGUGCACCCCUCGCACAAGAGGCUGCCUCGGGGGAUACCUGGUCCUGGCGGGGAGCUGAGGACUAUUCCGUGUGGUCUGGGGCCCGGGCUCACCCCUGACCUCAGCCGUGUCGUGAGAAUAAAGCUGCACAGCACCCGACUCCUGCCGACUGCUGGCCCCGUGCCUUCCACUGGGCGGUGGGGACAGCCCUUGGCCUUCUGGCCUGCAGCAGGCUUUGUGCGGGGGGCGGGUCUUGCCUGAACUUGGGGGGGCCCUGCUACUGGCAGUGUCUCAUCAAGGGGCCAGAGUCUGGGCUAAGCCAUGAGGCAAUAAGGUCACCCCUUCCCUCAGCCCUUCUUCCCCCCUCUCUCCCCCGCCCUCUCCCUCCGCAUUUAGGGCUGAGCCUUCCCUGGGGAGGUGUCACCCAGCGACAGGCCAUGCCACGGGGCUGUCACAGGAGGUGGGAAGGAGCUGGGGUCUCCUGCCAGGCUUGGGCCUCAGGGUGCCGCCCAGGAAGGGGGCAAUUACUC